AAGACACUGGUCUGCCACACUUUUCCCGCUCUCAAACAAAAGCAUGCUCUACUGAUUUAAGAUUUUUUCAUUUCUUUCUCUACACGCAAUUUGUACGACCUAUCGAAAUGGAGGAAAUCGAUGAAACUGAAGCUGUCCCUCAGGUCCAUUAUCGACUCAUCGCCUCAUACUUGCUUCUUACUUUUUCGCCUUCCUGUUUGGAUUCUGGGAAAACGUGUACAUGGCAUGCAUUCAACAUGGCCAUCGAGUUGGAGUAUCUUAUUAUGAUUCGAGUAUUCGGCAACUUAAUGUGGUGGAGGUCUGGGAAGACGGAAACACUGACUUUCCAUUGAUAGAUUUGAUGAAAUAUCAAGCUAAGCCUCUGAUCAUCUACUCAAGCAGCAAAAGUGAAGAAUCCCUCUUGUCCGCUUUACAGCGAAGUGAUGGAACAAAUGAGACUCCUAUGGUGAAGCUUGUGAAAAGUUCCACAUUCAGUUAUGAGCAAGCAUGGCAUAGAUUAAUAUACCUUCGUGUAACUGGAAUGGAUGACGGGCUAAACAUCAAGGAGAGGAUUUGUUAUUUGAGUUCUAUGAUGGAUAUGGGAAGUGAUAUUCAAGUUCGUGCAAGUGGGGGUCUUCUUGCCAUAUUAGAGAAUGAAAGGAUUGUAGAUACUCUAGAGCAAAAGGAAUGUGGGAAUGCAUCAAUUACGAUAGAUUCUGUUGUCCAAAUUUCAUUAAACAAUUUUCUCAAACUUGAUGCUGCCGCUCACGAGGCAUUGCAGAUAUUCCAAACUGACAAGCAUCCAAGCCAUAUGGGCAUUGGAAAAGCUAAAGAGGGGUUCUCUGUGUUUGGCAUGAUGAAUAAGUGUGUGACACCAGCAGGGAGACGUCUCUUGAGAAACUGGUUUUUGAGGCCAAUACUAGACUUCGACAAUUUGAACAGCCGUCUCAAUGGUAUAUCAUUCUUUUUUUCUUCUGAAGAACUGAUGCUUUCCUUACGUGAAACUCUAAAAUCCGUAAAGGACGUUCCUCACAUACUCAGGAAAUUCAACUCUCCAAGCUCCAUAUGUGCAAUUGCUGAUUGGACUGCUUUUUUGAAGAGUGUUUGCUCACUGUUGCAUGUGAACAAGAUAUUUGAAGUAGGCAUUUCUGAGAGUCUUCAAGAGCAUGCAAGUUACUUGAGUUUGGAUAUUAUUGAGAAGGCUAGUUCAAGCAUUACAACGGAGCUUGCCUAUGUCUAUGAAUUAGUAAUUGGUGUUCUUGAUGUUAGUAGAAGUAAACAGAAGGGUUAUGAGACAAUAGUGAAAGAAGGUUUCUGCGAUGAGUUGGAUGAGCUGAGGCAAAUAUAUGAGGAAUUGCCAGAGUUUCUGGAAGAGGUGACAUCAGUUGAACUUGCAAGAUUCCCUCAGUUGUGUAAAAGCAACCUUGCUCCUUGUAUUGUUUACAUUAACCAGAUAGGAUACUUGCUUUGCAUUAUGGAAGAACAAAUUGAUGAUAUUACCCUAGAGAAAAUUCAAUAUUUUGUGUUUGCUUUUUCUGAUGUGGAUGGGGAAACUAAAAGAUUCUUUUAUCGUACCCCAAAGACACAAGAAUUGGAUAACCUGCUUGGAGAUAUUUAUCACAAAAUACUAGACAUGGAAAGGGCAAUUAUUAGAGAUUUGGUGUCUCAUAUACUACUAUUCUCAAGACAUCUGCAUGAGGCUGUGAAUUUUACGGCUGAACUUGAUUGCUUGUUAUCAUUGGCACUGGUUGCUCGUCAGAACAAUUAUGUUAGGCCUACUUUGACAGAAGAGAACUUACUUGAUAUACAAAAUGGAAGACAUGUUUUGCAGGAAAUGACAGUAGAUACAUUUAUUCCCAAUGACACAAAGAUUCAAAAUGAAGGGAGAAUAAAUAUCAUCACUGGUCCUAAUUAUUCAGGGAAAAGCAUCUACAUAAAACAGGUGGCUUUAAUUGUUUUCCUUUCGCACAUUGGAAGCUAUGUACCAGCAGAGGCUGCUACUGUGGGGUUAACUGAUAGAAUAUUUUGUGCCAUGGGAAGCAAACUUAUGACUGCAGAGCAGUCAACAUUUAUGAUUGAUUUGCAUCAAGUAGGAACAAUGCUAAGGCAAGCAACCUCACGAUCAUUGUGUUUAUUGGACGAAUUUGGAAAAGGUACUCUUACAGAAGAUGGCAUUGGUUUGCUUGGUGGAACUAUAAGUCACUUUGUCUCGUUCGAGGAACCCCCAAAGGUUCUGGUGUGCACUCAUUUGACUGAGUUAUUUGACAAGAAUUGCUUACCAAAAUUUGAGAAAAUCAAAUUUUACACCAUGAGUGUGCUCAGGCCUGACAAUAACUCAACAAAUACUGGCGAUGUUGUAUUUUUAUAUCGGCUAGUUCCUGGUUAUGCACUUCUUAGCUAUGGACUGCACUGUGCUCAACUUGCUGGCGUCCCAGAGGAAGUUAUUAAGAGGGCAGCAUCUUUGUUGGAAUCUAUUGGACAAAAUAAGCAUGUUGAGCGAUUGUGCAAUGAAAAUAUAUCUGCCCAAGAUCAAGUAUACAUGAAAGCAGUGGACAAGAUGUUGGCGUUUGAUGUUUACAAUGGAGAUCUAAGCCUUUUUUUCCAGAAUACUUUUACAUCUUAGUUCUAAAGGCGUUGAAGGUGACCUCUUAAUGCAUGUAUUUGUUUUAACAAAAAUAGAAUUUAAAUUCUUUAGAUACUUUUCUUCUACUUCGAGACUUUUGUUUUUGGCAGGAAAACCUGUGAUUUAGUUUGCAAAAAAGUCCUUAAAUGACAUAAUUGUGAACA